UACUCGACAGCGUACCACCGUUAAAAAGUAUUAUCACUGAUGCCAUAUACAAUACUGCAACCUCUAUGCACUCGUUUAUCGGCCAAAUGAUCGCUACAGGCGGUUGAAUUUCGACAAGGAAGCUUUUUGAGAGUUACAAUUUGAUGUUGGAUGAUUUCAUUAUAAGCGGAGAGUUAGAUGGCGGAGGACUUUGAAGACAACAGAGGUCAAUUUCAGGGUGAUGUAAUAAUCCCAAGACCGACAGCAACUGGUAUCCCAAGGUCUUGUAAUGUUUCUAGCAGUGCCAGCUGCUCAGCUGGAGAGUCAAAGCACCCUCAAAGAAGUGGGCACUAUAGCACCUCUCCAUCAACAUCCGGUGAUAUGAUGUCAAAGGGCAGUCCUGGGAAUCACAACCACAACCACAAUCACCACUACCAUAGACACCAUCACAGCAAAGGAAAGGUCAAGAAACAUUAUAAUGGAAGUUCAGACCGCUUUAGUCGUACUGCUGCUGUACUGCGACAGGCAGGGCUUAUGAAACUUACCCUGCAAAUUGCUCAGUUGAUUAAAACUAAUGAAGAUCUUCAAAAAGAAAUUGAUGAACUGCAAAGUGAAGCUCUUCAAUUCAGUGAAAAUUUAAAAAUGCAACUUCAGCAGAAACUACAAGAUCAAAAUGGGACCAGUGAUCUACAUGAUGAAAACAAAUGAGGGACUGUUUAUUAUGA